AUUUUUACAAAAUGUGAGUUCCAGGUUUAUCCACAGGUGCUGAUUUACUGUUUAUGGCUAAUAUCACUAAUUUGAAUAAGCCGAAAGACGCAUUUGAGCAACUAGAAGACGAGCACGGUGCUCGUCAAGGAUUUUGCCACAUUCGAAUCCAGCAACGUACUGGUCGUAAGACUAUCACCACCGUACAAGGUGUAGGCACUGAAUACGACCUGAAGAGAAUCGUUCGAUUCUUGAAGAAGAAGUACAGUUGUAAUGGAACGAUCGUAGAACACCCAGAGUAUGGGGAGGUAAUGCAGUUGAGUGGAGAUCAGCGACAACAAAUCAAAGACUUCCUUGUGAAUGUUGGUAUCGUGAAGGAGGAAAACUGCAAAGUGCAUGGUUUCUAAGCUAGACCGCCUUCAUUUACUGUGUCUUUUCUGGCUAUACAGUAUCCUGGCUUGACCCCGUGUAGAUUAUACCAAUCACCGUGUGACCUCUCGAACUGUUUGCUGUCUGUGUUUGCUUGUCAUCCAUCUGGUAUAAUUUGCAGUUUACCUGUACUGUAGUACAUUUUGAGUUGAUGAAUGUGAUGUGUCGCUGAUUGCUUCUCAUAAAGAUUGUGGCUUCGGGA